GGCUCCUCUUAUACAUUACAGGGAUGAGGAAGGAGAGAGAUAGAGAGGAAGAGAGAGAUAUAGAUAUAGAUAUAGAUAAGCUAAACAGAGAGAGAGGCAGAUAAAUAGCGGGGAACACAGACAGAGGGCGGGAUACACACAUACGGGGACGAUGCGGUAGGAGGGAGAGCUGGCUCCGGACUCCUGCGGGAUGGUGGCGAGUUGCUCCAAGAGGAAAAGCCCAGGCUGUGAGCUCCCGGCGGAGGAUAUUAAUUAUUGGGAUCACGAGGUAGCUGCAAACAAUGUAAAUGAGGAAGAGCAAACGUGUCUGUACUUGACAAAGCUGUUUGAGAAUUCUCUAUCAAGAGCCAAGAAGACAAAGUUGAACUGCUCUGAAGUACUAGUGCCUGAAACAUUGAUCAGGAAGAUAGCCCAGGAUGUGUUGUGCCUAUCAUCCAGUGAACCUUGUGGUCUACGUGGAUCCAUCAUCUACAUCAAUGUGGAAAUUGGGAACACGUGUAAGAAGCUGGAUCGGAUUGUUUACGAUUCCAGUGUGGUCCCAACAUUUGAAUUGACAUUAAUUUUCAGGCAGGAUGGCAGCUCCUGGCCAAGCCUUAGUGACUUCUUUUUCAUUGGCACCUGUUUUACAGCUGGGUUCAGGCAAGCACUGAAACUGAGCCCUGGAUUUUGCUUGAUAAAGAAGAAGCUAUAUUCGUCCUCAGCUCGGACAGUUAUAGAGUGCUAGCCCACUGCUUUUAACAGUGAGUGCUCUUGCCGCUGCAGAUCUCUCAUUCUUCUGCUGGCACUUCACUGUUGUGUAGGCAUUAACACUCUUGAUUUGCCUAGGAAAAUUCAUUUACUACUUAGCAAUGUGAAUCCCCUCAUAUAUAUUCUGGUACAGAAAUUUCGUUGUACAUUUUGUACUGUCUGUGCACCCACGAACCUGCCAGCCAGUAGAAAGUGGUUGGGCUUAUUCACAGAAAAUGAGGCAGCAAGUCUUUACGUUCGAUAAAGCCAAGAGGCGAAUAAAUGCAAUCAGAAAUCGGUAUGAGGGAAAUGAAUCUUGAGUCAGGCAGAUCGCUGUCUGUCUGUUUGUCCUCGCUUGUUCACUGCUGAAACAGGAUAACUUGUUGUUCAUAUAUUGCCGUGAGAUUUUUACCCUUCAGACUGCAAGAACCCUUUUUUUACCAUAUCCCUUCCAAAAAAAAAUGAAGGUAUUGCAAAUAAUGCAGGCUUGGCUUUGGACUAAACUGGAGUUAAAGGGGGAUCAAACCAACUCUGGACUGAUUCAAGCUGCUGAUAGCUCUGCUCCAACCAGCAAGUUCGAGAAUCUAUUAGCCCAGCCGUGCCCGUGGGUUGACAAUUGAGCAACUGUUGACUGCAGUCUCUGAGUAUCCUUCCAACUUUUCUAAUUACUGGAAAAUACUCAAUAUUUUCAAAGCUUCAAUUCUUUCAAAUGUCUGUACCAUGAGCAAGCAGUACUGGGGUUAUAUAUUCGGAAAUGAAACCCGCUGUUUUACCAAACUGAAUGAAUGAAGAAUCUUUCCAGGGUUUUAGGGGUCUGUAUUGAGAACCUAAUACUUUUGAUAUAGUGAAGCCUGACAAGAAGGGUAGACAUGACCAGCUACAUAUACGCCAUGCUUCAGGAUGAGUGAUGUGGAGAGCUGGCUUGGAAUCCUCAACUACAUGUUUUGCCACUUGCACUUUUGUGACAUGAAUUUGCACUUUUUUUGAAUCAGACUUGCACUACUGUUGUGGGUGUUCACAAUUUAGUUUGCCACUGCUCUCCAAGCUGCUUUUACUGUUGUAGUGGCUUUGUAUAAUAACUACUUACUGCGCUCUGUUUGAAGGUUUCAAUCUUUAUUCUGUCUACUGAGUUAAUGCAGCCAGCAUUAAAAGAAAAUGUUCCUUUUUUAAAGAAAUUUGUUAAUUGUUUUGGAAAAUAAAUGAUUUUUGUAA